AUGUUUUUGGAAUCCCUCAGGAGGCUACGUUACGAGUCUACCGCAGUGGAGAGACGGUCUGAUUUGGUUCAACAAAGUGAUGAGGAAGAUGUUCAUCAGCUCUGCUUGGAGUCCUUCUCCGCUCAAUUAGCCUGCAAGCCCCACACUCUCCAGCUUCAGAGAUUGCGUUUGAUCUACUGCCUCGAUUCCUGGGGAUUCUGCGAGAGUGUGGUUUCCCAGGGGUUUAAGGUUCUUGAGAAGCCUAGACCAUCCCCAUCGGGAGAGGCGUUGCAGGUUGUUUUGGCUGAAUGCAAGCUGAAAGCUAAGAUUGUUGAUAUCUGCGAGAAAGGAGACGCCUUUAUCAAAGAUGGUAAUGACUUCCCUGGUGGAGCUGAAAGUUUUGAGCUUUUAUCAAGAUUCUGCUACAACAACUGUGAAUGGACUGUGAUGCCUUAA